AUGCGUUAUGAGCCAACCUUCUUCCAGCGAGGAUGGAAAGCCAACUAUACCCUUAUGGGAACACCCAGUAAUGAGCUAGAUGACGCUUGGGACGAUAUUUUGCAACACUACUAUUCAGAGGUUCCCCACCAAUUCAUGGAAGCACUUGGCAGACUCGACGAAGGCAUUCGGUUAGACAAUGGGAAUUAUAUUGCGACCUACGGUGUUAUGCACCAGAUUCAUUGCUUGAAACGCAUUCAUCACGCAUUCUACCCUGAUUACUAUUAUACUGAGUGGACAGAGAAGGAAAAGUCAGCAGAACGCAAACACACCUACGAGUCCCCGCUAACGAUGAGGUGGCUUGACGAUACACCUGAACCGAAUGGCAAUCCCGUUAUAGCUCACGAGUGUGUGAACUGGGACCUCUUGAUGGACGAGUUUACUCGCAAACGCGUUGAUCCCAGUGUAUUUGUGCAUCCGAAAUUUGGGAAACCAUGGCAAGGGAACGCGUAA